AAUUGAGUGACUACCUUUUCCCUUCCGUUUACAUUAUAUACUUAGAUGCGAACAUAUUUAACGAAUCCAGAUUACUGUUUGGUUAGAGUGAGCGAAAGGAGCGAAGAUGAUAAAAGCUGUGAUGGUGAUGAACACUCAAGGCAAGUCACGACUGGCAAAAUUUUAUGAGUAUCUGUCAGUUGAGAAGCAGCAGGAGCUUAUUCGCGGCGUUUUUUCAGUCUUAUGCAGUAGAGCUGAGAACGUAAGCAAUUUCAUAGAUGCGGAAUCAAUUUUUGGUCUGGAUAGUCGUCUUGUAUACAAGCAUUUUGCUACACUUUACUUUGUCUUUGUAUUUGAUAGUUCUGAAAACGAGCUAGCGGUGCUUGACUUGAUACAAGUUUUUGUGGAAACGUUGGACAAAUGCUUCCAGAAUGUUUGCGAGCUUGACAUCGUGUUCAAUUACAGCAAGAUACACACUAUCCUCGAUGAGAUGGUUUUUGGAGGUCAAGUGGUGGAAACAAGUUCAUCAGAAAUUAUGAAGGCAGUUGAAGAGAUAUCUAAGUUAGAAGCUGCCUCGAAUGCCAUCUCACUCAUCCCGAAAUCUGCUUCUGGUUGGCGAAGUAGGUAGUUAUUACAUUCAAAUGCUGGUAAAAUUGGUCAUUGAAUUGUUUACUGUCUUUGUUAAUGCUUGAGUGAAGAGUUACAUUUCCAUAUUGACCCAAAUAAUCAGAAGUUUAGAGGUGUUGUAUUUGAAUAUUUAGUUUUCUGUGCAGCAUAAAUAGGAAAUAGUUAAAUGUAACAAGGUGUUUUACUAGAAGCACAUGCUUACAGCUUUGAGUACUGAUUAUUUUUGCAAUUUUUAUACGCUUUUCUCAGAUACUUCAGGUUA